AUGAGUAUCAAAUUAUAUGAAUUGAGAGGAAAAGAUCCUAAGUAUUUAUGGUCCUCUAACCCUUGGAAAGCACGUAUGUGUCUUAAAUUGAAAUGUAUAGAAUUUGAGUCUGCCCCCUUAACUUAUCCAGAGAUUCACGCAAUUCUUCCAGGUAUUUUACAUAAAGAGAAAGGAUGUACUGUUCCUGUGUUGGUUGAUGGUGAAAAUGUAAUACAAGACUCUUUUAAGAUUGCUCAAUACCUCGAAGAGAAAUAUUCUGGAGCAUCGAUCUUUCAAGGUAAUCUAGCACUACAUGAAUUUAUCUACAAUUGGCUUGCAGAGAUAAAGGAACCAUUGUUUAAAUUGGUUAUUUUGGAUAUAGCUAAUAAAUUAGACGAUGAAAGUAAAGAAUAUUAUAUAAAAAAGAAUACAGCUUUAUAUGGAGAUCUUAGUACCGCAGCUUUAAAGGAUCGAGACUUAAACGUCAAGCGGAUUCAAAAUAAUUUGAACUUAUUACUAGGUAAUUUGAAACAAAACACUUUUCUUUCUGGAGAAACUAUUGGGUGGACUGACAUUACCCUCGCUUCGUUUUUAUACAUGAUUAAAUAG